UUUCAGAUCCGCGGUAAUGGUUGUGUCGCGUUGGCGUGGUUUUGCAAUUAUCUCACUUCAAACAGCCUGAUCAUAAGUGGAAAUUAGGUCCGGACUGUCGUCAGCGUCCUCAGCAGAAAAUGCAACCCUUGACGUUGUGAAUGAAACCUUAACUUCGUGAGAGGAACCUUCACUUUGUGAAUGAAACCUUAACUUCAUGAGAGGAACCUUCACUUUGUGAAUGAAAGCGUAACUUCGUGAGAGGAAUCUUCACUUUGUUCGAUUACCGCCAUUUUUCAAACACAAACAUACGUACGAUCGGACAAAACACGUUUAUAUAUGAGUGAGCCUUGUUUUCUCGACUGGAAGUACCUGCAGUUCUUUAAUGGAAGGUCGACGCCCGCAGCCACGUCAGCGUCGUGAAAUGGUGACGUUGGGGGCGAUGUACAAUGGGCUGUUCUGCAUCUAUGGAAGUUGCUUCGUCCCCGACUCUGCCGAGCGCCAAGAUCAUCUGCCCUAACAUGGACGAAGUCGAGAAGAAACCAACUCCGCGAAACUGGACCAACAUCAUACAGAACCACAGUCGGAAAUUGGACAGACUGAUAUCGGCCAACAGAGAGCUGUAUAUCGACCCUGAAUUCCCCCCUGAACACAAGUCCAUCUACAGGAGGAAGGAGUCACGCAAAACAAUAGUCUGGAGGAGACCUGGAGAGUUGUCUCUGACCCCGAGUCUCAUUUCGGACGGGACGAGUCGUCACGACAUGAAGCAGGGAGACCUAAACGACUGCUGGUUCCUAUCUACUCUGUCAGCCAUCGCAGAAAAGCCGCAACUUAUAUCAAAGAUCAUCCCUGAUGACAACACUUUCGGCACGUCGUCGUACGACGGCAGGUUCCACUGCAGGUUCUGGCAGUUCGGGGACUGGGUGGACGUGUUCAUCGACGACCUAUUGCCCACCGUGAACGGCGAGAUCCUGUUCGCCCACUCCUCGGACCCCAGCGAGUUCUGGGUGUCCCUCGUCGAGAAGGCGUAUGCAAAACUGAAUCAGUCUUACGAAGCUCUGGAGUUUGGAUUCGAGGCAGACGCGUUCACGGAUCUGACAGGCGGUUUGGCGGAGUGGUACAACCCACAUGACCUCAAGGAGUCCGAGUUUUACCUCAUACGGGCCGCAUUUCAGUGCGGGGCAGUCAUUGGCUGCUUAAGUGUGGAUAAGGAAGAGAGGGGUGUUAUAGACAGAAAUGGAAUGAUUUCCAAUCAUUCUUACGUCAUCACAGGGGUUGAAGAGAUCCCGCACCAAAACUUCACCGCAAAACUCAUUCGUGUCAGAAAUCCCUGGGGGGACACGGAGUGGCAGGGAGCAUGGUGUGACGGUUCCGACGAAUGGUCGCACGUGCCAGAGGACGUCAAACUGGAGCUGGAAUUGACGUCACAGGACGAUGGCGAGUUCUGGAUGUGUUUCCAAGACUUCCGGCGGGAGUACUGCAACAUGAUCAUCUGUAACCUGUCUCCAGACUUCGACAACGACGGCAUCAGUGACAAAGCAGAAUGGCAGAUGAGUCGGCGAGGAAAGUGGCAGAACGGCACAAACGCUGGAGGGUGGCUAGAAUGUGACACAUUCCACUUGAAUCCACAGUAUCUGUUAAUACUUUACCCUGAUGUGAACGUCCAGAGACGAUACAGCGGCCGCCUGCCUCUAGCCAUCGCCCUGAUGCAGGAGUACAAGCGAUCGGAAGCGCUCACCGGCGGGGAACUGUACGCCAUUGGUUUCGAAAUAUUCUAUCUAAGGGACCAUCCCUUGUACCCACUUGGGAAGCAGUUCUUUCAAUCUCAGGAUCCUCUGAUGCCGGAAAACGAGGAGACGUACGCAGAAUACCGCGAGACUUCCGGUCGCUUCUUUCUGAUCCCGGGCGAGUACCUGCUCGUGCCUAGCACCCACCAGUCCUGCAAGUCGAGAAACUAUCUACUGAGGACCUUCUCUGUUGGCAAGAUGGACUGCAGGCCGCUAGGAAACUGUUUACCAGCUGACGAGAUCAACCCAUAGAAAACUGUUUUAGUCGUGUUGGAUUAUACUGCUGCCGUGAUCGUAUCAAACCAGUGAACUUCCUAUGCAGUGUAUGAAUUUUGGUAUUGUGAUAUUAAUGUUCUGUUUACCAAGGACUGUGUUAAAGCGAAAGUGAAAGUGAAAGUAAACGUGAAACUAAAGUUGCCAUAUGUAAACAAACACUAACAAAGAGUGCAUUUUGGUGAGUUGAGCAGUGAAUCGGUUGUGUAUCAGUGAAGGAGACACGAGUGUAAAACGAGUAUUUAACAAAGGUGUCCAUGAUACAUUGGUACUUCAUUGACAUGGAUCAUAGAAAAUCCCGGGAAAUCGUAGAAGAUACGAGUGUAAUUCUGUAAAGAGUGUAUUUAACAAAGGGUGUCCAUGACACAUUGGUACUUCAUUGACAUGGAUCAUAGAAAAUCCUGGAAAAUCGUAGAACAUACGAGUGUAAUUCUGUAAAGAGUGUAUUUAACAAAUGGUGUCCAUGACACCUUGGUACUUCAUUGACAUGGAUCAUAGAAAAUCCUGGAAAAUCGUAGAACAUACGAGUGUAAUUCUGUAAAGAGUGUAUUUAACAAAGGGUGUCCAUGACACAUUGGUACUUCAUUGACAUGGAUCAUAGAAAAUCCUGGAAAAUCGUAGAACAUACGAGUGUAAUUC